AUGUACAAGAGAAUUUAACAGAAAAUCAAAGAUGCUGAUUACGAAAGAGACAUGUAGGAAGUUCUAGAAAUCAUGAAUGAUAAAAGGGAAUAGUAUUUGAAAUCUAAAAAUAUAAUAGAAGCAGAUCCAGAAGAGCCUUAAGAAUAACAAUAUGAAGAAAAGUAAAUCAAAGUUAGUACUUGCAGACUCUGCAAAUAAAACUUCAAGGCAACAUAAGCAGCCUUAAAUAAUCAUUUAUUAUCUGGAUUGCAUCAACAAAAAUUAGUCGAAUAUAAAAAGCGUUAUUCAAGAUAUCUAUAUUAAAUGAAAAGAUUGAUAUUUAAAAAUAGACUUUCAGUCCAUAAUAAAUUAAGCAAGCUAAAAUACUUUAGACUAGCUUAUCAAUUUGAAUGA